GAUCAUCCCAUCCCGCACUGAUAUAUCCGUUGGGGCGUUCAGGAACGCCUGAUGAAGGGAGCGAAGUUCUUCGCGUGCCCCUUGUGUUUGUUUCCGCAAAUCCGCUCGGGUGGGCUCUUCAAAAUGGUAGCCAUUCGCCGCCUAUAUACAAGCAGACGUCAUUCAAAUGUCAGACACAAGGGAAAUAUGGCGCCAACUCGUACAUCUGAUAUCGAGUUUUCAGUGCUCGUCUGACCACCAGCAGAAGGAACUACAUGAGAAGUUAAAGGAGGAGGAUCUUUCCGGAUUGGUGGCACAGUGACAAUAUACGGCCGAGGUCUUGUAUAAAGCGAGCUAUAGUAGAUGCUUCAUCAACGUUCAACCUUGAUAGCGACGUUCGGCCUAGUCAUACUCACCCCUCAGGAGAUCCACUGGCCUUCUCAAUGUCCAAUAUCGACCGUGAACGACGUUGCCGUCGAAGCAACCAGAAUAUCAAGAUCACAAAUAGACAUCCGAUUAAGACUCCCGCGAUUGUGCCGCCGACAAUUACUCCCCAGUGAUGAUUUUCGGGAAGUCGUUGUAGUAGAAAUGGUACCUGUUGGUGACAUAAUAGAAUUCGAGGUCGGCGGAGUUGCCGAUGUAGUUGGUAAGAGCGUGAUUUCAUUUGGCGUGCUUGUAACAGUUGCUGCCACUCCAAGCACAACAGGAGUAGGUGCCCCAGUAUCUGUUUGGGUUGCAUCGAAGCAUUCGCCUAUGUCUGAGCUAACGAAGUUACAUCGGAUUUCAGUACCUGGACCGAAACCCUCGAUCCAUCCGGAGGCGGAAGCAACAAUAGUUCGUAAUACUACGAUGUAACAGAGACUGUGAGCACAGGAGAAUCGUGUUC